UGGGUUUCUGUUACCGAGGGUGAUGGAUUCUGUUCUGCUGUAGAAGAGCUGUUCUUUUCUAGAUUAUUUUCUUGCUCUGUUAUUUCCUAUAAUUUGUUAUUUAAGAAGCCUGGAGACUGAAGAGCGUGGCCCUCAUUGUGAAGAGAGGGGAAGUUGGAGAUGCAUGAAUGGGAUGAAAGCAGGAAGGCUAUUCCAUGACCAGAGGGAUGGAAGGUCGUAUGGAAGAUGAAUGAGAGCUCUUGCCAAAGGGCAUGAUGCUGUUUCAUAGAAACCAUGGUGGAACUAUUUGAAGAACAUUUUGGUAUUGGACAAAAUGAAGAGAAGAGACAAGGAUGGAAGCAAAAGAGAAAUGGAGGCAAAGAUAGAGCACAGCAUGGCAAGAGAGAAAGGAUGAAAGAGAGGAAGUGUGAAAAGAAAGGAAGAAGAGAAAGGAGGAGCAAAACAAAACAAGGAAAGGAAGGACUUGGUGGUAUAAAAAAAUUAAGGAGGAAGGAAGAGAUGAUUGAAGAGAUAACCAGCAUGCUCUGAUGUUAUCUCGAGACGCUGAAUGCAGAUGAGGAACUCAGCAUCCUCAUUACUCAUGGACAGCCUGCAAGGGUGCUGAAGAUUGGUGAAGAAGAGGAAUAAGAGUUGCUGCCAGACUGCCUGUCCAUUCUUCCUCGUGAGCGUGGUGUGGGCGUUGGGAAUAUGUUUUGAUAAAAGAAGUGAAAAACAGAAGAGAGAAAGAUGGAAGUGGAAAAGGAGCAGAGGGAAACGUAGGCGUGGGAAGAGAAUGAAAAAGAAGACGUAAAGUAAGAAAAGAAGGAAAGCGAAUAUGGAAAGAGAAACAGGAAGAGGAAAGAGAGAAUAGCAGAAGGAAAUUAAAGAAGGAAAGAAAAAGGAAGGUGAGAAAAGAAGCAGAGAAAGGAAGGAGCGAAGAGGUGAUGACGAGCCCUCACCGACGUCACGUGUAGUCACGGAGCGGAACUGGUCCCGUGGGCAGAGCAGCACGUUCCGGCGCUGCUACCCCGUCAUUAGCGGGGAUAGGUCCGUCGUUGCCGGUGUCUGCCGCAGCGCCGGGGGCCACUGGGAGCUAUAAUCGGAGGAAAAGGAGAGAGAAGGGUGGGAGGAGAAAAAAGAGGAGGUAUAAAGAGCAGGGCAGGGCAGGGCAGAUGAAAACCCGAGAAAUUAACUAAGAAAACAAAAAAAGAAGACGGAAGAGAAAAAAAGAAGGAAAGAAAAGAAUGUGUGCAAGCAAAGAACACGGAUUAAGGAAAAAAGAGAACGAUGAAAAGAAAGGUAAGAAGAGGCGAGCGAGAGCGGAGCAGCCCGGAUCCAGAGGCUUGGGCGAUGUCGGGGAGCGUGUAAGGCGUUGGAGCAGCACACGGUGUCGCUGCAGGCUCAGAAACGGCGUGUCGGCGGCUCCGCCCCGGUGGGAGCGGCGGAGAGCCCGGCUGUGAGCGCGGGGGGGCGGCGCGGGCCGGGCAGGAGAGCCGGUGCAUCCGGGCGGCUGCGGGGAGCCGUGAGGGGCCCGGAACGGUGCCGCCGGCGGCGGAGGCUAUGGAGCUGGGCGUGUAUCGUGGUGCGUUGGUGCGGCUGCUGUUGCUGCAGGCGUCCUGGGCGUUGGUCGGCGGGCAGGUGCGGUACUCGGUGCCGGAGGAAGCGAAGGCCGGGACGGUGGUGGGCCGGCUGGCGCAGGACCUGGGCCUGGAGGCGGGCGAGCCGGAGGCGCGUCGUCUGCGGCUGGUGGCGCAGGGCCGGCGGGCGAGCGUGGAGGUGAGCGGGGCGAGCGGGGCGCUGGUGGUGAGCUCGCGGCUGGACCGGGAGGAGCUGUGCGGGAAGAGCGCGCCGUGCGCCCUGCGCCUGGAGGUGCUGGUGGAGCGGCCGCUGCGCGUCUUCCACGUGGAGCUGGAGGUCACCGACAUCAACGACAACGCCCCGGUCUUCCCCGCCGCCCGCAAAAACCUCAGCAUCGCGGAAUCGUCUCUGCCGGGGUCUCGGUUCCCGCUGGAGGGCGCGUCAGAUGCAGAUGUCGGAGCCAACGCGCAGCUGUCCUAUGGCCUCAGCCCCAGCGAGCAUUUCGCUUUGGAUUUACAAAAAUCUAAUGAGCGAAAUAUUGUACCUGAUCUUGUUUUAAGAAAACCUCUGGACCGCGAGACGAUGCCGAUUCAUCGUCUGGUGCUGACGGCGACGGACGGGGGCCGGCCUCCGCUGACGGGCACUGUGGAACUAGUGAUCUCGGUGCUGGAUGCCAACGACAACGCACCCGAGUUUAACCAAUCGGUGUAUAAAGUGCGGCUGCUGGAGAACGCUGAGGAAGGGACAUUGGUGGCGCGGGUGAACGCCACGGAUGCCGAUGAGGGAAUUAACAGUGAGAUGACCUACUCGGCGACUAACUUCUUUCCUCUCAGUGGAAAAGAUGUAAUUACUGUCAAUCCGAAGACGGGAGAGAUUCGUCUGACCGGCGCCCUGGACUUCGAAGAUGUCAAUGUAUUUGAUUUUCGUAUUGAAGCGAGAGACAAGGGGACGCCUCCGCUAUCGGGACACUGUAGCGUGGAACUGGAGGUGCUGGACGUGAACGACAACGCGCCGGAGGUGUGGGUGACGUCGCUGUCGGUGCCGGUGCCGGAGGACGCGGCGGUGGGGACGGUGGUGGCUCUGCUGAGCGUGUCGGACCGGGACUCGGGGGCGAACGGGCGCGUGCGCUGCUCGGUGUGGCCGGCGGCGCCGUUCGGUCUGGUGUCGACGUUCGCGGGGUCGUACUCGCUGGUGCUGCGGGAGGCGCUGGACCGGGAGCGGGUGUCGGAGUACGAGGUGGAGGUGCGGGCGGAGGACGGCGGGGCGCCGCCGCUGCGCGCCAGCCGCGGUCUGCGGGUGCCGGUGUCGGACGUGAACGACAACGCGCCGGCGUUCGCGCAGGCCGUGUACACGGUGCUGGCGCGGGAGAACAACGCGGCGGGCGCGGAGCUGGCGCGGCUGUGGGCGCGGGACCCGGACGAGGCGGGCAACGGUCGCGUGAGCUACUCGGUGUCGGAGGGCGGCGGCGGGGCGUCGGUGUCGGGCGGCGGGUGGCGUCCGGCGUCGAGCUACGUGUCGGUGGACGCGGAGAGCGGGCGUCUGUGGGCGCUGCAGCCGCUGGACUACGAGGAGCUGCAGGUGCUGCAGUUCGAGGUGCGGGCAGUGGACGCGGGGGAGCCGGCGCUGUGCGGCAACGCCACGGUGCAGCUCUUCGUGCUGGACGAGAACGACAACGCGCCGGCGCUGCUGCCGCCUGUCGGCGGCGGGCCGGGCGUCGGGGCGUCGGGCUCGGCGGUGCCGGGGGCGCUGUGGGCGUGGGCGUCGUGGGGGGCGCCGGCGGGGCAGGUGGUGGCGAAGAUCCGCGCGGUGGACGCGGACUCGGGCUACAACGCGUGGCUGCGCUACGAGCUGUGGGAGCCGCGGGGCAAGGGCCCGUUCCGCGUGGGGCUGUACAGCGGCGAGGUGAGCACGGCGCGGGCGCUGGAGGAGGCGGACGGCCCGCGGCAGCGCCUGGUCAUCGUGGUGCGGGACCACGGCGAGCCGGCGCGCUCGGCUACGGCCACGCUGAGCGUGUCGCUGGUGGAGGGCGCCGAGGCGGCGCUGGCGGCCGCGGGCUCUGGCUCGUCGGGGGUGGGGCUGCGGCCGGCGGCGGAGGACGGUGCAUCGGCGGCGGCAUCGACGACGACGACGAACGUGUGGCUGGUGGUGGCGAUCUGCGCGGUGUCGAGCCUGUUCUUGCUGGCGGUGGUGCUGUACGGGGCGGCGCGCUGGGCGCCGCGGGCGGCCGUGCUGUCGGGGCCCGGGCCGGCCACGCUGGUGUGCGCCAGCGAAGUGGGGAGCUGGUCGUACUCGCAGCGCCAGAGCCGGAGCCUGUGCGUGGCGGACGGCGCGGGCAAGAGCGACCUGAUGGUUUUCAGCCCCAACUUCCCUCCGCCGCCCGGCCCCGCGGCGAAGGAGACGCAGCCAGAUGCUCCCACUCUGCUGCAGACGAAGGAAAUCAAUGCCUACUUCCAUCAGAGCUAUGCCAUCAUCGUCUCUCGAAAUACAUGUGUAACAUUUCAGAGGUGUAACAGAGCUUCCAGGUGGUUCAGUUCCAUCUGA